AGUUCAACAAGCAAAAUUGAUAGCAUCGAGGAGGAGAAGGAGAAAGAGUCAAGCAUUGAAGCAAACAUGUUGUCGAAUGGCCCCCACAUACAGCCAAGGCUGAUGGCAUCACUUGUGCUCCUAGGUAUGGCUACUGUAGCGUUUCUGCCGCUAAGUCAAUCUGCUCCCGCCCCAGCAGGUAACUUGUCGCUAGUAUGUGCAAAUGUGGACGAGGUUGAAGAUUGCAUUCAACAAGACGCCAGUGUUCUCGUCAAGUGUGAAGCUCGCGGUGCUGGGCAGUUGGACGUGGAGUUGCCCUCUUUCGCCCACGCCACCACUAGAGCGCAGAGGGUGACCGGUGGAAAGGACUUCUUGAUCACCAUCUCCGCCCGCCACGCGGAAAGCCGUGUGAAACACUGCGCCCGUGCCUCAAGCCCGAGUCAGCAUCAGGAGUCUUGCUUUACACUGAAUGUAUGCGAGCCCGUGGAUGGAGCAGCAACAUCUUCUGGUGAAGGCGAUCAUGGUGACGUCACUCCUGGGCAAGCACGUUUCCUCGCCCGCGACGAUCUGAUUUUCUGGAAAGACGAGCCCAAGCCUGCCACAAACGCUGACCUAUACGUUGGACUGAUCGAAGGCGAGAAGAAUGCCCAACAUGAUUUUCAGUGUGAUGGAGGCCGUAGACUGAGAAUUAUCAGCAACGUCGGUGCAGGUCGCACUUUCGGAGAAGCCCAACAGGUUUGCCAGGAUAGGGGCAUGGUCCUGCCACCUUCCAAUUUCAAUUUCUGCAUGAAAUUCUUUGCACACCAAAGGCUAUUGGACGUGGAGCUGGACGAGCCAUUUGCUUGGAUUGGAGAGAAUCUACAUACAGACAAUUUACCCACCGGACAUGCUUCGGCAAACAACAAUGGCCAUUUCGUCAUGUCUACCCAGCUUCCUGUCACGAUGUGUAUUAAUACACGUGCAUAAACCAGUGUUGUAUAAGAAGAAAGGCUGCCGAUCCACCCGAUCCAUAAUGGUAAACAAGCUGGUGACCUGCUUCCUCUUACAACUUGGACGGAAUGACAGUACAUGACAUGAUUCCAUUGCCUGUUCUGUGCUCCAGAUCGCUGUCUUUCCCGUUUCCCGCAUGGAUUCUCUUCGUUUAACCUCUCCUUGCAUAUACAUAAUUAUAUA